AUCAAAUCCCCAGGCCAGUGCAACAGACGAUGAAGAAAGGCAGGCGUUCUAGGGCGAUCGCAACAUUCAACGCCUGCAGGGUAGCCAAAGGCACUUGCAGAGGAUUACACGUAGCAACAGACUUGUCAAACUACCCGUUGGCUGGAACUUCAUUCACGUUCGCCCCGUCUGAGACUCUAAGUCUGAGCCACAUGUAGCGUGGCGGAGCGGCAGGCUUCCGCAGGCAGCCCAAUCUCUCGUGAUCAGCUGAGCAACCUACCCCAAAAAUGUAAGGUAAGGUACCUAUCCUCGCCAUAGGACAACUCACAACAAGUCCCACGGAAGCGGUACAUCUGUUGUCAAUAAGUUUCAAUCUCUGAAAACGGAACCAUGGCGGAUCCGCUAUCCGUCGUCGCAGGCAUUACAGGUGUGCUCGCAUUCACUGGUCAAUGUACCCGCCAGAUUAUCGCCAUCAUCGCCAAGAUCCAGAAUGCACCGGACGAAAUCACCGACCUGCGAUUCGAAUUGCAGCAUCUGUCGUCUCUGGUGCAGUCGGCUCACAAUGUCCUUCUUAGGAAUAAGCCGCGGCCCGAGGACCGACCGCUCGAAGACACUGUCAAAGAGUGUCUCCAGCGCUGCCAGGACAUCAUGAAGGACAUUGAAAAGCAGCUGAGCCAUUUCUUCAACAAGAACACCGGCCGGAGAAGUCCAUUGCGAGCAGUCAAUUGGUUCUUUCAGAGCGGUCAGAUUACGGCCUUGAAGGACAGACUAAGGGACUCAAGGGCCAUGCUCGAGCUAUCCAUCACCGUGCUAAACUCGCAUCUCCUUGGAAAAGGUCAGCAAGCAAUCAUGGAUGAGAUAGCCAACGGGAUGAACAGACUCGCCCUUCAAAACUCCAAGCACGCAAGAGCCUUCCGUCGCCGAUUGGAAGAUGACGUCGAGAGUGUUUCUGCCUUCUCGGGAAGGAGAGUCUCUCUUUCCCUUAUGACCGAUGUUGGGUUGCCCUUGAGAAAGUUUCUCGAGGCCCAGGACCAGAACCAAGCUAGUGUUCUUGCGCCACCGACUAUGUCUCGGCCACUGUCGCCACCACCGGGGUGCUAUGCUACUCAGGAGCUUCACCCUCAGGAACUUCCCCCUCUCGUGCAGGCUGCAAAGGCCGGGAAUAUGCAGCAGGUCAAGGCGCUUCUAUCGCUCGGCGAGUCGCCGGAUCUGCGGCUGCCUGACGGCCGGACGGCCCUUCAUUUCUGUGUCGUGUACGACGAUGCAUCGACGGCAGAAAUCCUUAUUGAGAGCGGGGCAAAUGUCAAUAUAAGGGAUGGGAACCAACGCUCACCGCUCAGUCUCGCUAUCAAUGUCGAGUCAUUUGGCUUAGCUGCACUCCUGAUGCGGAAAGGAGCCACGGUAGACAGUUCAGUCCCCGUGCUGCUCGAUGCUAUCCGGACUAGUGAAGGGAGCGCCGGCGUUGCUGAUUUUCUUGGAGCCUUGAGGGAGCGUCUGGAUGAUUCUGAAGGACCGUAUUUAGUGCAUGAAGCAAUCGAUUACGAGACCGACGAGACGAUGGCUGUCCUCCUCAGCGCCGGCUUUGACCCAAACAAACGCGACAGGAGUGGCAUCUCACCGAUUCACCACGCCAUUCUCAGGAGACGCGAAAGUGCCAUCAAACUACUACUCCUCCAUGGCGCCGAUAAGAACGACUACUUGGCCCCAGAAACACAUGACCUGCUCCGACCCGAGGUCAGCUGGCACCGUCCCUUAAUAGAGUUCAUAAGAGUUGGAAUAACCCCACUUGGUACCGCAUGUGCGAUUUAUGACAGCGACAUUGUGCGCCUUCUUCUUAAAGAAGGCGCUGACCCCAACUUUGUGGUUGCGGGUAGUAUGUGAUACACCCAUUGAAGUUCCCGCCCCCCCUUCUUUCCCGCAACUUAUCUGACAGUUUCUUGAUCCAUGGCAAAACAGUCAACGUGCUACUCCUGGGGCCCUGUUCAAAACGAUUUCUCAAGAUCGCAAAAACGUUGAUCGAUGAGGGCGCAGACGUCGGGG